AACCAACGCAAGCCCACUAAUACAAGGACGCGCGAACUCUUUCCUGAUGCAUAUAAGACACCCUUACGAUAGUAACAACACAUAUAGAUUUGCCUAUUUAGCUGCACAGCAAACAUGGUUGCAACUCCGAAGCCUGCCGCUCACGCGGAUGACGAUUAUGUGCCACCCAGCUUUCCGCAAGCGCACCUGCUGUGGCACAUCGCGAAAAAGGGAUUCCAGGCCGGAAGCUUCGGCGGCGUGGCUGUGUCGGGCGCUGUGGCGCUGGCCACCCGCAACCGCGACCCCGGCGCCUUCCUGCGCGGCGUGGGCUACGGCGCCCUGGCCGGUACCGCGCUGUCCACUGGUCUGGGCGCUGCGAAGUUCACCCAGAUCACCAAGGAGGGCUUCCACGACCGCGUGUACCGCCUGCACUACAACGCCAGCCAACAGCGCACGGACGCGUUCUCCUGGGCCGGCGGUCUGCUGGGGCUGGUGGCGGCGGGGCUGCUGCUGCCAGAGGGCGGGCCGGGCUGGGCGGCGGCCAUGGUGGGCGGCGGCGGCGUGGGCAGCGUGCUGGGCGUGCUAACACACGUGGCCACGCGGCCUGCCGACCAGGUCUACCCCAACAAGGCGCUGCACGAGCUGGUGCGCGACGACUGAGCGCCUGAGGGGCGCAGGCUGAGAGGAGGGGGGAGGAGGAGGCUGAGAGGAGGGGGUGGGGGCGGAUGGGGGAGGGAGGGAGGGGGGGUUGGUGCGGGUUGACUGAGAGGGGGGAGAGGAGGAGGUUGGGAAGGCCGGGAUGAGGAGAAGGAGGCUGGAAGGAGAGGCCGGAAGAGGAGGCGGGGGGAGUGGGAGGCCGGGCGUGUGGGCCUGUGGGGGCGCCGAACUGAGAACCGCUGUGCGGUCUGUGGACGGGCUGUGGUGCGCUGGUGGCACGGAGAGAGGGGGUGGGAGUGUUUGGUGGGUGCAGUAAGGGUAGGGAGAGGACGGAGCCGAGCGCAGGGCUGGAGGCGGCGGUGGGUCAUGACAAGGCAGGCGUGCGGUGUAUCAUGUGUGGGGUACGUGAAGGCCAUGGGUGACCGCCUGUGCAAGUGGUAACCAUGUAGACGAGCGAAGCAUGUCCGCCGGGCGCUCUUGCGGUACCGUUUGUGUCUGCGUGCUGGCAGCUGGCUUGUGGGAGCCCAUUCGCCGCUCUCAUGGCUCUAGUGCUCGGGAACAGAAACCAUGUCAUGCUUGCGCCUACCUCUCUUAGCU